UUAAACGCUUAAACCCUCUGAUGGUUUCGAUUGAACAUUUUCCCGAGAUUUGGGAGUGUCCAUAAACCCACACACACACUCUCUCUCUCUCUCUCGUUGUUCCGAAAUGGUGAACAAACCAUGGAAGAUCAUCCCAAGGCCACUUCUCGAAACCGUACUCAACAACCACGUCCAACGCCACCGUGUUCCUCAGCCACUCAUCCUCCACGGUCCUCGCGGCGUCGGCAAAACCACUCUAAUCCUAAACCGUCUCCUCGGUGACUGGAACAAAGGCCCCCACAUCGCCGGCUACGUAGAUUUCGCACAAUCCAUCACAGAGCACCACCCGGAUCACCACCAAUCGUACCCAUGGACGUCUUGGACCAGCGUUGACCGACCUUCGCUAUCCAACUGCAAAACCCACCUCGAGAACUGCCUCGAAUCCAUGACCCACAAAGCCAUCAAGCUCGGGACUUUAAGCUCGCAGCAGAUUUUCUCUACCAUGAACAAAUGGCACGGUCUCAACGCCUCGCUCCGCCGCGUUCUCCAGGGAUGCAAAGUCGCCGUCCCGGAGAAAGCCUCCGUUUCGUUUCUGUGGGAACGGGCGGUGUGCGCGCUAUCUGUUCGACGAAAUGCCGAUGAGGAGAUCGAUGGGUUGCUUGGGUUGGAUGAGGAAGGUGGUGGUGGUGGUGGGAGCUUGUCUGUGGAAGAGGCUAGUUACUAUAGAGAGACGGCAUUUGCUUUGAGAUUGGCUAAAGAGGUUAUAAAGAUGCAUCAGGGUUGGAGAGCCAAUGCCAUUGCACAUAUGAAUAGAACUGAUGGGUUUUCGAAAACGUUGGCGAAUUCGUGUGCGGAUUGGCCUUUGCUGCUGCUCGAGUUGUUGUCUCAAGCUGCAGAGAUUGGUUUCUUCCAGCCUAAGCUAGUCUUAAACAACAUUGAAAUCUUGAAGAGUGCUAUUCAUACUGAUGAUUCAACUGUCUCAGCGUCAAUGUACCAUGACAAUCUUAUAUGGAGAAUAAUAGCUUUGGGUGCGAAUGAGCGCUGUCUACCUGUCCUGUUCGUGACUUCGGACAGCUACUACUCAUAUCAAGCCUUUGUUGACUUCGGUUUCCCAGACAUUUUCAUCUCUCGUGAGACAUUUGGAUGGACUCCUCAAGAAGCCAAAUUACACAUGGUUCCUGAUUACUUCAGUGCUUCGGAGUGGACUAUAAUUGCUGAUGUUCUUGGAGCCAAUUCUCGGCAUCUGUUUGAGCUUUAUGCCCUUAAGCAAAGCAAUCAUUACCAAAGUUUGAUGGGGAACAAAGCAGGUACGUUUGAAGAUAUUGUGGAUGCAUACUUGGCAUAUUUACAAGUUGCUGUGGUUAAUCCUGCAAUGGAAAAAGCUUUGCUGCGGCUUCAACGGUAUGCCGCUGAUGUACGCAAGGGAAGCAUUCCAGAUGAGAAAUUACGCUUUGGUGCUGCAUGGAGGCAUCCUCCGAGCAGUGAGGAUCCUGCUCUAUGCUCCGAAUGGGCUAAAAUUCAGCUGAUGGACUUUGUCCAAGCUCUUGUCAAUACAGAAUUCGCGGUAAAUUAUUUGGGUGACUACAGCCUUGAGAUCUUUGAAGACCCUUCUGCUAUGGCAUUGGUUGAGGUCGGGGUACUAUAUACUCAGCGAGAUCCGUCUUUCUUCCGUCCUAUAUCCCAAGGCAUUAAAAGAUGCCUCGUUAGAUGGCUCAUCCAAGAACGAAUGAAGAUGAGUUAUUACAGCUCAACCAAAUAUUGGUGGCAGAGAAUUAUCCGGGGUCGUUAUUACAAGCAUUUGAUGCUUGGCUACAGAACAUAGGAGGUUUCACACAGGUUUUGUUGUCACAGGAACGCUGAUGAAAAUUGUGGGUAUCUUGUGGCUCGCUAAUCCCCUUUGCUAAUAAUCAUUUGAUUAUUAUAUUUGUUUCUACAAAUGUUUUUCCUUAACCAACUAGUGAAUAGCAAAAAAAGAACAUGUAUACAUUAAAUAAACUUAUUAAAUUUACAUUGAUUACAGUUCAAAUG